CUGUCCCUAUAAAGAGCUGGUAUGGAAACAAUAAGAAGGACAAUGAGCUAGCUGGGAUUCUUCCAAUUCUGAAAUCCUUAGCUAAAUUGAAAGGCGUUCGUAAAACCAUUGCAAAGAUAGCUGAGCAGUCCAAGCUUCUAAAUUACCCACAAAUAUUGACCAAAAAUAUCAGAAGGAACUUGAAAUAUUAAAUAAAGCUGGAAAUGGUUCGACUUCAGAUAUCUUCCAAAUUGGAGAUAACAUUGCUCAAGAGAUCGACUUCAGUGAUCCAAAUCUAAAAAGCCAAAAGUUGCCUGAGACUGUCAGAAAUGUAGCAUUAUUCACUUGCUGACAAGUGUUGCCUAAAUCUAUAGAUCAAUACUCUUCACAAGCUAAGAAACCAAGGGUGACAUUGACAGAACGCUGAACCAAAGUUUGAACUCAGAGUCGUCAAUAGGUUUCAGCUCUCGGUCUAAUAAGAAACGCUCGGGGCCUUCGAAGAUGAAAAGUUCUCAGCAGUACAAGCCUCCUCUAACCAAGAUUACUAAGAAGGACAGUGAUGUAGUACCUUUCUCUCCGAGUAGCAGUCGAAUGCCACCUGAUCUAAAAGCUUCAGCAGAGGAACAUAAAUUUCUUGAUGUGGACAGUGAGAAUAGCUUCAUGAAUUAGUUUAUCAAAAAUAUUCACAAGCCCAGCACUGUCACUGAAUCCAUUGCUCAAUCAAAAGAGUCUUACCAAAGCAUGGGUGAGUAAAAGAAGAAAUAGAAGGAAAAUGAUGCUAUGAUAA